AUGAAGAUAAACCCACGCGUAUUUUUUGACAUUGACAUUGACGGCAAUAGGAUUGGCCGGAUAAUCUUUGAGCUGUUUGCCGAUGAGUGCCCAAAAACUGCUGAAAACUUUCGUGCACUCUGCACAGGUGAAAUGGGAUUGGGUAAAGUAAGCAGUAUGCCAUUGCACUAUCGAGGAUCGAUUCUCCACAGGGUUAUCAAAGGGUUCAUGAUUCAAGGUGGUGAUUUUACACGUCGUAAUGGAUCUGGUGGUGAAAGUAUCUAUGGAGCAACGUUCCCAGACGAAUCAUUUGUACGCAAACACACUACACAUGGCCUUCUCAGCAUGGCAAAUCGUGGUCCCAACACACAAUCAUCUCAAUUCUUCAUCACCACUCGACCCACGCCUCAUUUGGAUGGAAAGCAUGUCGUAUUUGGUCGCGUUGUCUCGGGAUACGACAUUGUACAAAAGAUUGAAAAUGAACCUGUGGAUGAUCGUGAUCGACCUUUGAAUACCAUUAUGAUUGCCAAUUCGGGUGAAUUAGUUCUUAAACUCCCACCUGGUGUUGCACUCAAGGAUAGCAGGAAACGAUCACGCUCAGUAUCAUCGGAUGAAGGAGAGAAUGGAUCAGGAUCAUCUGCAUCAUCAUCAGAAAGCGAAGAAGAAAGAGAACGACGUAAAAAGCGCAAGAGCAAGAAGAAGAGCAAAAAGGAUCGCAAAAAGGACAAAAAGAAGAAAAAGAGAAAAAGCCGACGUAGCUCGAGUGUCGAAUCCAGAAGUCCAUCACGACGUCGACGUUCUCUUACACCUACACCACCUAGCGACCAUGAUGAUAAAUCACACACACGCCGAUCGACAAGUAGAAGCCCAAGCAGAUCCCGUAAAGUAACCAGCUCAGUAGGAAGUCGCAGCCCACGUAAAAGCCGUAGCCCAAGCCCUCGUAGGAGCUCUUCACGCCAUUCACGAGGCAGCCACUAUGUACCUGAAUGGGAGCAACGACGACAAUUUGACGAUAACAAGGAACCAGGUGUAACAUUCAAAGGUCGAGGCCGAAAAAAAUUCUAUCGUUCUUCUAAUAUGCGCGCAUGGUGA